CCUCUGAAUGCGUUUGUGGUAGAUAUCAAAUACAGGCGUAGCACAAGUCAGACGUGAACUCACCAGGGUUUUCUUACAUCUUCCAGUUUCUUCACCAAAAGUAAUGAAGGGAUCGGCUUCGUCGGUUUUAACUGUCUCCGGACCCUUAGUGGUGGAAUCAACCAAUAGUACUGGGCCGGUUCUCGAGGUUGAAGUAGACCCGUACGCUCUCACUGACAUACCGGACGACGAUAAGAAAUGGAAAGACCUAUCAGACCGAGAGCGGGUGAAGUGGGUCAUGAUGGCGAUCCUGAAACCAGUACUUCUAGUUGGACUUCUGUACCUUUUCAUCUGUUCACUGGAUAUUCUAGGUGCCUCCUUCAAGCUCCUGGGAGGGAAUGCAGCUGGGGAAGCACUUUCCAAUAAUGAGGUACUCCAAAACCCUAUUGCGGGCCUCAUGAUCGGCGUCCUCGCCACCGUGCUCGUGCAGAAUUCUUCCACGUCCACCUCUAUCGUGGUUUCGAUGGUAUCUGCUGAAAGUAAGUUACAUGUAAAGAUGGCCAUACCGAUUGUAAUGGGCACGAACAUUGGUACGACUGUUACCAAUACCAUAGUGGCCAUGGGACAGACAGCCGACCGGAACCAGUUUCGAAGGGCGUUCGCUGCAGCUACGUUGCACGACAUGUUCAAUUGGUUGUGCGUGAUCAUUUUACUUCCGGUUGAGGUCAUAUCCAUGUUCGAAGUAUCGAACGCCAUUAUACAAACAUUUCGUGUCACUGAACACAAUGGCACAAUAAACAAUCCGGUCUUCCUGAAUGCUCUCACCGAUCCACUUACUGACAGAAUUGUGUCGCUCGACAACACUGCUAUAAAAAAUAUUGCCAUAGGAGAAGAGGUGGCUAAUUUUAGUAUAAUAAAGGAAGGUGACUACCUGUUCUCAGGGACGACAUGGAGUGAUGCGGCUGUUGGCACCCUGCUCCUGGUGGCAUCCUUUCUGGUUCUUUGUACGUGCCUUAUACUGAUCGUAAAGUUACUCGCCUCCAUCCUGAAAGGAAAUAUUGCGCGUCUCACCCGUAAACUCUUUAACGCUGAAUUCGAGGGUUGUAUGGCAUUCCUGUCUGGCCUGGUAGCUAUUGUCGUGGGAGCAGGCCUUACCAUGCUUGUUCAUAGUAGCUCCGUCUUCACGUCGGCACUCACACCUCUGGUCGGCGUCGGUGUCAUCCACAUCGACCGAAUGUACCCACUGACCCUUGGGUCGAACAUUGGCACGACGAGUACCAGCAUUCUAGCAGCAUUUGCAUCGUCGGGCAACUUUUACGAAUCUAUUAAACUAGCGCUAUGUCAUCUGUUCUUUAAACUUACAGGAGUUUUCCUAUUUUACAUCAUAUAUCCGCUUCGAAAGCUGCCUAUAAACGCCGCCAAAUACAUGGGCAACGUCACUGCCAAGUACCGCUGGUUUGCUGUUGCAUACUUAAUUCUUCUGUAUUUUCUGUUUCCAGCGCUCAUUUUUUCCAUUUCGCUAGCAGGGGUUGAAGUUUUUAUGGGUAUUGGUAUCCUAUUCCUUGUUUUUAUUGUUAUUAUAAUCGUAAUUAAUGUUCUCCAAAAUAAGCGACCGAAAGCAUUGCCUCCAAAACUACAAAGUUGGGACUUUCUUCCAGAGGGGAUGCACUCCCUAGCUCCAUACGACAGGGCCAUUGAUCGCGUCACAAGCGUGUUUGUGUGUUGCUGUAGAACCCAUUAGCAUAAAGGGUGCAAAGACGACCCUCUUAAGGAACAAUCCACCAAUAGAUACGAUCUAAAUGCAAAUCCAGUUGACAACAGGGCUUUUCAACCUGAUGAAAUAGAAGGAAUACAAAUAAUAUCAGAUACCAAACUAUGAGCGACAAAAAAAGCGAUAACGGAAGAACUCCGCUGACUUUAAAAAAAAUGCAAAUCUAAGACAUUAAUAUCAAACAGCAUAUUUUCUGAGAUUCUUUUAAAGAUAACACCAAUAUAAUUUAAACUAUGACAACAAUUUUUGAGAACAUAUAAGAGAAGGUUUGUAUAUUGGUAUAACGUUUAAUGAA